AUGGACCCCAAGGCGGGCGGCGGCGAGGAGGAUGACUGUGUGGACUCGGGCGCCGAGACCGGAGGGUCUGACUACAGCCACGUGUCCUCCACCAGCAGUGAGCUUUCUGUGGAGGAAGCACAGGACCCUUUCCUGGUUAGCAUCCACAUAAUCGCAGACCCAGGGGAAUCCCAACCCCUGCAGGAGGCCAUCGACAAGGUGUUGGCCUGGAUCCACCCGGACCUGCAGCUGUUCCGGGUCUCUGAAAGGAGGGCUUCCCGGCGGCGGCGGAAGGCCCCGAAGGCGGCGCAGCCCGCGCUGGCGGUGGUUCUGUUCCUGCAGGAGGAGUACGGCGACGAGCAGAUCCUGCAGCUGCACCGCACGCUGCAGCGGCCGCCCUGGCGCCACCACCACACGGAGCGCGUGCCCGGCAGGUUCCUGCCCUACCUGCCCUGCAGCCAGGACUUCUUCACGCUGGCCCCGGGGACGCCGCUGUGGGCCAUCCGGCCCGUGCACUACGGCCGCGAAAUCGUGCGCUUCACCAUCUACUGCCGCCACAGCAACUACGCCGACAGCCUCGAGUUCUACCAGCUCAUCCUCCGGCGGAGCCCCAGCCAAAGGAAGAUGGACUUCUGCAUCUUCCCCAUCUUCUCCAACCUGGACGUGGACAUCCAGUUCUCCCUCAAGAGGCUGCCCUGCGACCAGAAUCCGGUCCCCGCCGACUGCUCCUUGCUGGAGUUCCGAGUCAAGGACAUCGGCGAGCUCGUGCCCCUCCUGCCCAAGCCCUGCAGCCCCAUCAGUGAGGGGCGCUGGCAGACGGAGGACCACGACGGGAACAAGAUCCUUCUGCAGGCACAAAGAAUGCACAAGAAGUUUCCUAAGCCCAGCAGAGCCCACCACUCCUCAGAGCAGAAACCUCACUCCACACCUUCCCCGAGCUCCGCCGCACCGAGCUAUGCACCUGGCAGUGGCCAGCAGCCCCCACUGGACAGGCCACACCUGGAGCCCAGCCAGAUGGUCCUGCCUGCUGGGCACCAGCAGGAAUUUGCCAAACAAGCAAGCAGCACCCCCAGCCUUCCCUGGUCUUUCCAGAGAAGCAAGUCCUUGUUUUGUUUGCCCACAGAAGACCCCUCUCCAGCCUCCUCAGCUGUACCACAGUGUUUUUCAAACACAAGUGCCCUGCGGCACUGGACAUCGCAGUGGAGACAGGGCCACCUCCUCUCCAUUGAUGACUUAGAGGGGUCCCAGGAGACAGAUGUGGACACCGGCUUGCGGCUGUCCUCCUCGGACCUGUCUGUGGUCUCUGCUUAUUCUGCACCCAGUAGAUUCUGCAGCACCUUGGAAACACCCUCCUCCUCUGAAAGACGUGGCAGCCACUGCUCCAAGCACAAAGGUUCCAGAGAAGGACCAGUACCCACUGGAGGUGGGAUGACCGUGGAGACCUCCUGGGCUUCCCUCCCUCUCUUCACCGAAGGGCCUUCCAGCUCCUUGGCAACAGCAGUUGCUGCUCUCCCAGCUCCUGGUGCCACCUCCCUCACAGGGUCUUCCUCCAAGCUCCCUGGUGAUGCUUCCAACACCGAGCGGACUGGCCGAGACAUCGCAAUACCCCCAGCAUUGGCUGGACCCGGGGACAGUGACACAGAGGAAUUCUAUAUCUGA